AUGUCAACCCUUGCAUUUUCCCCCUCCAAGCGCCAUGUCGCCAUCGCUGAGAUGGUUCUCUUCUCGCUCAUCCAAAUCAUCCAAUGCUCCACCCGGUUGAUGCAGGAGUGGAAGUAUUGGCAUCACAACAAGCGCAAAUCCGUGCCGCGAUGCAUCUUUUACUCAUGGUAUGGCUUGAUCGGAUUAGUGGCGCAACUCCGAAUUGCCGGGUCCGGAAUGGUGCUUUCAGGCUCCCAAAGCAAAAAAGUCUUGAUAUCAGAAGCAAUCUUGCAAGGCAUUGGUCUUUCGCCUCUACUAUUCGAAGUGAGCCUCGUCAUGUUAAGAAGCGGACAAACAGGUCGAACCGGCCCUGGAAACUCAAGAUAUCCCAAGACCAUCCGUUUAUUGCUCCAUUUCUUCCGAUUCCCGGUGUUCUUCGGCGUAGUCUUGAUUGUGGUGGGAGAGAGUGCCGACGUAUACGCAUGCAAAGUUGUCGGAUCUGUCGUUCUCGUCCUUAUAUUUGCCUUCGGGUGUGGAUUAUUUGUCUGGGUGGCAGUUGCUUAUCGUACUCUUUUACCCGAGGCGGGUCAUCGCUGCGUGUUGUUGGUCCUGGCAGCGCUUCCUUUCUUCAUCGUUAGGAUCGCUUAUAUGCUACUGGCGCAGUAUGGCCCGCCAAAGUUCAAUCCCGCCAAUGGAGAUGUGGGUGUUAUGGUCGGGAUGGGGCUAUUGAUGGAGAUUGUGAUUAUGAUAAUUCUUUUGUCGGCGCGUGCGGUAGCGGAGCCAGUUUGGGGAGGAGCCAGCGUUGACGUUGAAGAGGCUCGAGUUUAG